AUGCGCACGUUGGCCGCGCUGGGUCGGUUCUCUAUAGGAACGCGGCCUGGCGGCGGCGGCGGCGGCGGCCAGACUCGGAGCCGGAUGGCAGAGGAAGCGGGCGGAUUGAGUGGGGCGCCUCCGCCGUCGCUGCCACCGGGGAGGGUGCGGGUGCGGGUGUUGCCGGCGGCCGCUCAGGCCUGUCUGCGCUCCGGGGUGGCGGUGCCCUCGCUCGCCCGCUGCCUGGAGGAGCUGCUGCUCAACAGCCUGGAGGCCGGGUGCGGCUGCGCAGCCGUGCGGGUGGACGCGCAGGCCGGGCGCGUGCAGGUGGCGGAUAACGGAGCCGGCCUGGGGCGCGCGGCCCUGGAGUUGGCUGGCACGCGCUACCACAGUCCAGGUCACGGUCACAGUCACAUUCCUGGGCCUGGGGGUCGUGGUGAGGCCCUGGCCAGCAUCGCUCACCUGUCAGGUUUGCUGGAGAUAGUGAGCAGGCCACAGGGCUCCAGCCGGACCUGGGUGAAAUUAUUCCACAAUGGGCAAGCCAGGCCGGUGUAUGAGGCCGAGAUGGGGAGGCCGAGUCCCGGUACCACCGUCACCGUCUGCAACCUCUUCUACCAGCUGCCGGUGAGGCGGCGCCGUCUUGGCCGGCCCCUGGAGUGGGAGCAGAUCCGCUGCCGGGUCCAGGCUUUGAGCCUCUUGCACCCGAGCGUCUCUUUCACCGUGCGGGACGAGGCCUCUGCCAUGUCUGGAGGCUCGCUGGUGGUGAGGCUGCCCAAAGCCAGCAGCCUGCAGGUCCGCUUCGCCCAGAUCCAUGGCCCGCAGAAGGCAGCGGCACUGGGUCGCAUCCAACACACGAGUGGCGGCUUCCAGCUGAGUGGUUUCAUCAGCCGCCAGGGCCAUCACACCAAAGCCCAGCGACUUGUGUUUGUCAGCAGACGGCUGGUGCUGAAGACCCGCAUCCACAAGGAGCUGGACUCGCUGCUCAGGAGGCACAGCCUAAUCUGUCGGCCCGGACCCCGGGGAGGCCCUGACCUUCACCCUGUCUAUAUCAUCAACAUUGACUGCGACCGUAGUCAGUAUGAUGCCUGCUGGGAGACAAACCGCACCCUGCUGGAGUUCACUGCCUGGAACCUGCUGCUGGGUUGCUUGGAGGAGGGAGUCCGGGCCUUCUUGCUACAGGAACAGUUGCUGGUGGAGUCCAUAGAGGAGCAGGGAUCUUCCCAGCUGGCUGUUGUUCACUCGAACUUCAGUUACUCACACGAACGGGUAGCAGUAGUGUCCAAGUCUGUGCACCGGCAGGCAGAGAUUCUAGAGACUCCCGAGCUGGAGGCAGACUCUGAACCCUGUGUUGCUGUCUCUCAGAGUGAAGAUCCAACCUUGUACUCUCGACAGUGUGGCAUACCCAACUUAGAAUCCUCAAGGCACAACCUUUGUUUUGCUGGUAAGGAUUCAGCGGCUUAUGGAAGGUCUCUGUUGAAAGAGGAGGAAAGCAUUUCCCUCAGGGACCUGAGUACCUCUGCCAGCUCUGAGGCAAAACCAACAGCGCAGGCACAGCCUGGCACCACUAUUUGCAAACGCACAGCUGUCUAUGAGAUUGGGACCUUGUCAGUCACUGAGAAUUCAUCACAAGAGCGGGAGCAGACAAGCAUGGAGGAGCAUGCAGAGGCAGGGAAACAGUUGGGAGAGUCGCAGGGGGAGCAGGUGGGAGCAUCGCAGGGAGAGCAGGUGGGGGAGCUGCGAGAAAAGCAGACAGGAGAAGGGGAGUUGCGGAGGGAGGGAGUGGAAGAGCUGUGUGGGGAAAAGGGAGUUAUGGUGGAGGUGCACAGGGACGGGAAGCUGUUGGGAGAACAGAGAGUGGAACUGGGUAUCACGGGUCUCAUAACCCACAUUGUCCCCAGGAAAACGAUAGAUGCAGACACUGAAAGUGGAAACUCUUCCGACUGGGCCCACAUCUGCUGCCCUGGCCCAGUGAGUGCUUGGGCGGUUCUUAAUGAGAUGCCAAGAAAGGGAGAUGGACAUCUCAUGCCUGAUGAAAGAACACUCUCAAAUGUAGCAAGGAAACAUAGGAUAGAUAUGCCCCAAGAGCCUGUGACUGACUGUCGGAGAAUUCGGGAGACUUAUUGGUGUCAUCAUCACUCUGGGAACUCUGCUGAAUCAGUGACACUAUCUCAGAAGAUGAUUUUACCGAAAUACCUCACUAGUUCUGAGUACAGAAAUCCUGCCAGUUGUGAACCUGUCUGUUGUCAGGCUAAAUUCCACAGGAAACUGAGCAUGUCUCUAAUAACUGGUUCGCUGGAUGUAUUUAGGAGAAACUAUGGGAAGAUAAGUGAUGAUCAAAAUGGAGGAGACUCUUCUCAAGGCAGUGUUGGUGAUCCAGCCAUGAGGCCAUUAGUAGAUAAUGUGACAAUAACUAAGGGCGCCAAGAGUUUUUACCAGAGCCCAGAUGUAAAAUAUGCUGAUUCUACAACUAAUUACCACAGUGAGAGUGACCGGUGUGAUUGUAGUGGUCUUUUAAAGAGUUUGUAUUCUGAUGGAAAUUGCCCAGCAGCUGUAUGUGUGGCCAAAGCACGGGCCGACCUGAUUGAACUGCCUGGUUAUUCACAAAUCAAGGAAACCUUUCCAGUUGCCAAGGAGCCUCCAAGAACACUGGCUGCAAAGUUGUGCAGGUUAAAGGAUCUUAAAGGACAGCCUAUUGAAGAGAAGAGUGGAGAGUCCAAAGCAGGGAGUUCCACAGAGCCAUGCCAACCCUGCCAGAGUUACAAGGACCUUCUGCAGCAAGAACAAGAGUGUGCAAAAUCGAUAUCUCCAGAGCCAGUGUGCUCAACAGCUCAGGUGAUCACCGAAAACGUUUCCCUUCGAGAGGGGGUGGUGAAUGAGGAAUGUCAGGCAAAAAGGAGCAGUGCGCCAAUUGAACAUGUCCAAUGCAUGAAUAACAGGGAAGCUUGUUCAGUUCACUUGCCUUGGCCUGCAAUUGAUGAAAGGACUGGAAAAGGAACAGAUACUCAGUCUGAUCAGCAUGUUGGGGACCGACCUCAAAGUUACAGAACAAGUGAUGCAAACUUGAACCCAUCUACGGAAGAUUCUGUGGCCACAUGGAAAGUUCCAGAACUUGUUUAUGUUCAAACUAAACCAAUACAUACUGGAGAAUUACCAGGAAGUUGUAUGGAGACCUGUAAAGGUCAAAGUGACACAUUGAAAAGUUUUGUUUCAGACUGGCUGCAGUACUUUGAUGGCUCUCUCGGAAGGAUGGUGUAUGUAAACAGCACGACUGGACUAAGUAGCUAUGAAGUUCCACCAGAUGCCCAAACACAGGCUGCCUGUAUAAAGGACUUCACAACAAUGGCAGUUAAUGUUCUCACUAAGACUGGCUCUCAGUACCAGUGUUACCCAUUCCACAGCCAUAGCCUAAUCCCUUUCCUGCCAAGGCCACGUGAAGAGAGACAGAAGGACAGAGCCGGUGCCCAGUUGGGAUCAUGCGAUUCACUGCGUUCACUGCUUCAAGAGUGGAUGAAUCCAGUCUUUUUCCGCCCUCCAGAGGUUGCUGUAAAUGUUAGCAAUGAGCAGGCUGGCACUUUGGCAGUGAAGAUCCACAAUAUCCUGUAUCCUUACCGCUUCACCAAAGACAUGAUCAGCUCAAUGCAGGUACUUAACCAGGUAGACAAUAAGUUCAUUGCCUGCUUGAUAAAUACGAGGGCGAACAAAGAGGCAACAACAGAGGGUAAUCUGCUGGUGUUGGUCGAUCAGCACGCAGCCCAUGAGCGAGUGCGACUGGAACAGCUGAUUUCUGAUAGCUAUGAGAUGGUGCCGGAGACAGCUGGUCAUAGGAAGCUGUGUACCUCUACAGUAUGCCCACCAAUGGAGAUCAGUUGCACGCAGGACGAAGCCAGGCUUUUACGUUUGUACAGGAAGCAGCUGGAGGCUGCCGGAGUGCAGGUAGAGUUCCGAGAUGCCGAGAGUCCUGGGAUACUGGUCAAGAAGGUGCCAGCCUGUUUCAUAGAAAAAGAAGCCAAUGAGAUCCGGAGGGGGCGGCUGCCAGUUACUCAAACCAUUCUGAAGGAGUUUCUUCAAGAACAGUUAGAGGUGCUUCAGUCAACAGGAGGAUUCCAUGGCAUGUUGUCACGUACGGUGCUGAAGGUGCUGUCCUCACAGGCCUGUCAUGGUGCUGUGAAAUUUGGUGAUGGACUGAGUGUAGAAGAAUGUAGAAGCCUAAUGGAAUCUCUCGCUAGCUGUGACCUGCCAUUUCAGUGUGCUCACGGAAGACCCUCCAUCCUACCCCUGGUAGACCUGGAUCACCUGGAGAUGGAAAAAAAGUUACAUCCUCGAUAUACUCUUAACAGAUUCAUCGUAGACCAAAUUUACAGAAACUGCACAAGCUGUGUCAAGUGCGGCUGAACAGUGAAAGUGUUUAAUUGGCUGCGGUGAUAAUACAGAUCUCUGGAGAGAUAGGAUCUUUAUCUGUACUUCUUGAGAUGACCGGUGCUGUGCUAUCACUUGAUCAUGUGUGCACUCAGUUUCCUGUACAGAUGUGGAAUGGAUAAAGCCCCAUCAUAACCUCCCCUUGCAGCCAGGAGCGUGCAGCCUCUGCCUGAUGGAUUGAGUGGGAAGGAGCAGUGUCGUCCAUAUCAAUAAUUUGGCGUCGGUCUCUGCAGUCUGGAUGGCUGUUGAAGAGCACUGACCAUGCACAAUGCCCAUUUACACUGAUGUUCGACAGUACUUGGGAGCAGGACUCCCCCUCUGUGCCCAGGAAUGCUUCCAGUACAUCUUACAAACCUGUAUGACGGUUGCUGUCACAGAGACUCAUUAUUUGUUUUAUGUACCAUGAUUACUUAUUAACUAUUUAUUCCAAUAAAUGUGAAAGAGCA